UUUCCUAUCCUUCACCAACAACUCCAACGUAGAGCUUGCUCUGUUUCCUUCCAAAGAGAUCUCGAGUAAGCAAUUAACUGCGCACAAAGAUGUCGUCGGUGGCACCGGUGGUGAACGCAGAGUACAUGGCGGAGAUCGACAAGGCGCGGCGGGACCUCCGUGCGCUCAUCGCCAGCAAGAGCUGCGCUCCCAUCAUGCUCCGCCUCGCAUGGCAUGAUGCUGGCACCUACGACAAGAAGACCAACACCGGAGGGCCCAACGGCUCGAUCAGGUUCCCGGAGGAGCACAGCCACGCUGCAAAUGCAGGGCUCAAGGUCGCCAUCGACCUUCUAGAACCGAUUAAGCAAAAGCACCCCAAGAUCACAUAUGCAGACCUCUACCAGCUUGCCGGAGUUGUGGCCGUUGAAGUCACCGGUGGACCAACAAUAGAUUUCGUUCCUGGCAGGAGGGAUUCUUCAGUUUGCCCGGAGGAAGGACGCUUGCCAGAUGCUAAGCAAGGUGCUGCACACCUGAGGGAUGUCUUCUACCGGAUGGGUUUGUCUGACAAAGACAUCGUAGCACUCUCCGGUGGCCAUACUCUGGGGAAGGCACGUCCGGAUAGAUCGGGAUUCGACGGUGCUUGGACAAAGGAUCCUCUUAAGUUCGACAACUCUUAUUUUGUUGAGCUUCUGAAAGGGGAAACUGAUGGGCUCCUGAAGCUGCCUACGGACAAGGUUCUCGUGGAAGACCCCGUUUUCCGCCGGUAUGUGGAACUAUAUGCCAAGGACGAGGACGCCUUCUUCAGGGACUAUGCGGAGUCGCACAAAAAGCUCUCCGAGCUCGGCUUCAAGCCUCCUCGCGCUGCUGCUCUGGCGUACAAAUCGUCCGGAGGCAACAUGAAGGGAUUACUGACGAGAACUGCAACCAUGGUAGCGGUUGCUGCUGCUGUCGUGGCUUGGGCUUACCUACACGGACCCAACAAGAAGCUUGACUGAUUCCAUCUGUACAUCGUCACGAUUCCUCUUACUCUGUGAUGGGUGCUGGGAAACAAAGUUAACGUUCAGAUUUGUCCAAUUGUGUGUCUGUACAUGGACUGUGAAUGUUGUGUUUGUGAUGUCGCACAGAAAUGAAAUAAGAUAAUUUGCAGUUGUAUGAGGAAUCAAUUAUGUUUCAAGUUAUAAACAACACUUCUUUUUA